UUAUGCAUUAUCGGGCAUCCAAAUAAGAAAGGGCAAUUGGGGAUAUUGUUGCUAGGGUUUGACGAAGUUGGAUGGAAGGGGAAAAAAGUGGGAUAAAGAUAUGGUUGUUUGUAGAGCACCAAUGUGGGGAGACGAGUCACUCCAUGUAUUUAAUCGAACCCAGUUUGAAGGAGGAACAAGAGAUUGAUUCAGAUGGAUUCGCGGUUGAUUCAAUCUCUCCAAUCAAAACUAUCAAAAGAAGCGAUCAGUGCUUUAUCACCCAAUGUGGAAUGUUCAGAUUGGGUUCUCGGUUCUACUUUCUCGGGGGUCGAGCUGAAACUUCCUUAUAUUAUGUUUAUAGCAACACAACCCCUGUUUCUGAUGAACUAAAGCUGAGGGUUCAGGUUUUCGACAUUGAUUAUCCGGAGCUGGGAUUGCGCAAUGUGGCUUCUCUUAAGGCUCCUAAGGAGACUCCUUGCGUGUUCUCGGUUAAGGGUCUGGUGUACGUGCUGGGAUCCCAUUUGAGAGGUUGUAAUUUGACGGGAGGCACAAGUGGGAUUUUCGAGAGGUAUGAUCCUUUUGAGGACUGUUGGGAAGUAUUGCCUGAUCCGCCUAAGCCAUUUGGGGAGGCGGGGGAUGCAACCUGGUGUGAUUCUGCAACGGUUGUGAGGGAUAAGUAUGUUUACGUGGGGAAUAAUAACCAUGAUUUGUAUCUUGUCUUCGACUUGGAUGUUCAACGUUGGACGUCCUUCCCACCAUCAUCACCUUUUUCGACUCGUUUUAGGUAUGGCUCCCUCUAUGUGGAUGGCUCACUAUACUAUCUCACUGGAAUAGGCACGUGGAAGGUUGGAACCGAAUUUGAUACUAAAAUCAUUGAUUAUAAUGCUGAGGAUAACGAGGUUAGGCUUGUUAAAACAAGGCCUCCACCCAGUGUUGACGAUCCCUUUAAGUUGCUCAAGAGCAUUUCUUUGAAACCCGAGAAUGAGCAGGUCAUGUGUACAUUUAUGGAUUUGGAACACAACACCUGGUUCAGUGGUUUAGAUUUCGGGCAGUGGAGAGAUAUUUUCCACUUGGGCGGCCGCUUCUUCUGCUAUGUCGUCACUUGCCAGCUUAUCGAUGUCGACAACAAAAAACUUGAUCAACCCUAUUGUCGUGGUGUCUGGAUCAAGGUUUUUGAGGAGAUGGUCCCUGAUCGUAACUCUGCCACCAAGCAGCCUCAUUUCCGGAAUUUAGCUUCUUUCUCCUACAGAAUUCGCACUCCCUUUGAGAAUAGUACCUCUUUCAUCCGCUGCUCUGCUUUUGGCUCUGUUCCUGACUCUUGGGUUAAGGCACCUUUGAAGAAAAAGGAGGUGGCUGCAAAAGACAGAGGGGACCUCAAAACUGAGCAGAGCCAUGAACAUGGUGGUGGGAUUGAGGGACUAACGCAUGACGACCUGCAGAAGAUCCUGGCAGCUCGAGAAGAGGAAAUUUGCAGGCUAAAAUCUGAGUUAGCAAUGAAGGCCGUGCUUUUGAAAGACUACGAGUCGUUCUUGGCCAAAAGCAAAGGCCAAUCGGCGCUUGUUGAUUGUUGAAGUUUACAGUCUUCCACUGAAACGAUUCUACAAGUGCUGCAGUGGCUUUAAAUUGCAGGGCUUCACUGUGUGAUAGCUGAAAAAAAUUAAGGAUAUUUGUCAGAGGAUAUCAGGCUUCCACCCAAAGAAUACAUGGAAGUUUUACAUUUUCGCCAAGCAAGGCCAACGGCAUUGCAUCAAGAGACAUCGUCUCGUACAAGUUUACAACAGAUACAUAUCUGUAUAGAUUAAAGGUACAGAUGAUGCUGAAUUUUUGAACCUGAACUUCUAGCUUCAAAGUUUCUCAUAGAAGCUAAAUUUCCGGUUUCCAGUUGACUGUAUUGGAUUUAACCUAAAAGUUUUUUGGAAUAUGCACAAAAAAAAAUCCCAACAACAUUAGAUUAUAUA